AUGAAACGCUACUUUGGUAUAUUGGGUUUGUUUUUGGCUCAAAGCUUGAUGGUAAAUGGUUUGACUUAUAGCAUCAAUCCAAAUGAGGAACCCUUAUCAGUUGUUAGUGAUUAUUUUUUGAGCGUCGCUUUGGAUACUACCAAUAUUUCUACCAUUGACAUAAAAAACCCUCAACUAACAAAAUUAGUCAAACAUUUGUCGCCUAUGUACUUUAGACUUGGUGGUACCCAAGCUGACAUACAACUAUUUGAAGAUGAUUCUAAAGAUAACACUAAGCUAGGAGACGGAAAUCCAGUUUUAAAAGCAUCCUAUUGGUCAACACUGUACGAUUUUUCAAAAAAUGCCAACGUACGGAUACUGUUCGAUUUAAAUUCAUUGCUGAGAAAUGACGAUGGAUCGUGGAAUUUCGAAAAUGCUGAGGAAAUGAUCAAGUUUUCACACGAAAAUGCCUUCGAAUUGGACUGGGAACUAGGAAAUGAACCGGAUCUCUACCGACAAAUCUAUAACAAACAAGUCUCAGCCAAUCAACUAGGACAAGACUUCAAGACUUUGCGUAGCCUAUUGGACCAAUACCAGUACAAUUCCUCCCAUUUGGUAGGCCCUAGCAUGUUCGAUGUGGGCAGCAAUGAUGCGACAAGAAAAUAUUUAGCAGACUUUUUAGCUGUCGCUUCUCCAGCAAUUUAUGCUGUUACUUGGCAUCAGUAUUAUUUCAGUGGCAGAGGUGCAACUGAAAGAGAAUUCUUAAAUCCUGCUACUUUUAAUUAUUUAGAACAACGCACUAAAGUGGUAACAGGUAUUGUGGGGGAUGCCAAUAAGGUUUGGUUGGGUGAAACUUCUUCAGCUUACAAUGGAGGCGCCCUAAAUAUGUCUGACAGAUUCCUAGCAUCUUUUCUCUGGUUAGACAAAUUGGGACUAGGUGCCAAGCUGGGACUGGAAGUUAUCGUUAGACAAGCGAUUUGGGGCUACAAUUAUCCCUUACUGGAUCUUGAAUAUAAUCCAAAUCCAGAUUAUUGGGUGAGUGUUUUGUAUAAAAAAUUAGUAGGAACUAAAGUAAUUUCUCUGGAGAAUGAUGGAGGAGAUGCCAGAACUGUUAGACUAUAUGCGCAUUGUGCUAAAUCAAUUCCAAAUGCUGUGGUUGUUUUUGGGCUUAAUCUUGCCAACUCAGAAGCAUCUUUCAGUCUAGCUGGUUUAACAGCCAAUAACCAAGUGUCUAGCUAUGAACUUACACCUGAAAAUGGUGAUUUGUAUACCAAGACCGUUCUUUUGAAUGGGGCACCUCUCAGUCUUUCCAAGGACCUCAAUUUGCCUGAUUUCAAUGCUAAAAUUGUGGAAUUCGCCGAAGCGUACUCUGUGCCAGCUUAUUCGCUAGGCUUUUGGGUAUUUUUUGAUACCAAUGUAAAGGCUUGUUAAUAAAUUUGAAAAAAAAAAACUUUAUUUUAUGCGUUUCUGUUUUGAUCUUCAACUAGCAAAAAUCGCUCUGGAUACAAAAUUAGCUUAACUAUCAAGUAAAAAACAUACAAACAAAAAGUUCCUAAGGUCUAAGCACGAGAAUUUCGUACUCCUUGUAGGCGAUCUCAUGGCCAUCGAAAGGAAUGUAGCAGGAUCCGUGACUCGGAUGGACUUUUCCAACGGUGUGAGAUCCGUUAUGAUGGGCCCUGCCAAUGUACAAAUUUUCACCAUCGGACGUUUUUCCACCAAUCACUGCGUGUUCUGGAACGCGUCCACCAUGAGCAGGUACCCAAUCGAAUUGUUGUUCACACAAAACCUAUAUAACAUUAAUGAGAAUGAGUUGGAAAAAAUUGCAUUGGGAUUUGUUCUCACCUGGAAAUUAUCUACAGCGAUUUCUUUGCCAUCGUAAGCCACGUAGGCAACAUGUUUGGCUGGCAUAACUUUAGCUGGGAUCCAGUCUCCACCAUGGAAGGCUCUUCCGACGAAAAUUUCAGCUCCAUCGAUGUCAUGGCCUCCACGGAGAGCUGUGGAAGGAACCACUCCGUGACGUGCCUUGGUGUCUACCCAGUAGUAAGCUGGAAUAAGUUAAUGGACAUUAAAAGUAAAUUCAUAUAGUCGUAUGAACAAUUAAACUUAAUAUGGCAAAUGAA